UUUUAUUUAAUAUUUUUCUCGCUUAUUUUUCUUAUGUUUUUUCCGGUUUUCUCAUAUUUUUUCCUGAUUUUUCACAUUUGCUGGGAAAACUUGUUGGAAAACCAAAAAAGGACCACUUUAAAGUACCUCCCUAAGAAAAUGUCUUUUCUUUCUACUCCGAAUAAAAAAAUUUAUUAUAUUGCAGAUUUAUCAUACAAAGCAUAUUUUUAUUUAGUAUGAUAACCCUAUAUUAUUUCCUUUUAGAAAAACUGCUAUCAUUGAUAAUCCUGGCAAGAUUUCUGGUAAUAAAGUUUGCACAACGAAUUGAGGGGUAAUUUGCGAUUAAAAUAGUCCGAGCGAGCAAUAGCAACCUCCAAAAUGCAUUUAUUUUUUCUUUGUUUAGGUAAAAAGGGGGGGAAAAAUGCAAACAAAUUUAGUUCGAAACUGGGGUUUGAACGAUCCUUAAGAUAGGUAUGUAUAUUACCAUUAGACUACUUCACCAUGCUUAAAAUUUGACAAUUAUAAUAAUAAGUUAACAAUAUAAUAUCCGUAUAUCAGAACUUCAAAAAGCUAUUAUUUCGAAACAUAGUAAGUCCGCUCAAUUCUGACUUCACCGUCGUUCUUAAAUUGGCAAUAUACAUAUGCACAAAACAAAAAAUUGAAAAAUUAGAUUUGAUCUACAUAAUUUUUUAAAAACGGGUUCACCGGGGGUACCACGGUAAAAAUAUGCCGCCCGAAUGAAAGAUGUACUAUUCCCCUCCAAGGUCAAUUUGUCGUAGUUAUGUCGUCGUCGAAAAUAAAAGAGAAUCUAUUAUUUUGGGCAAGUAUCCAGGUUAAAAAAGUUUAGUGAACGCAAACAAAAUACUAAUUCUGAGCAAACGCAAAUAAAAUCCUAUUCUGAGCUAAAAAAAAAUACUAUAGAAAAUAUUACAAGUCCGAAUUCAAGGUCACUAUGUCGUUGUGUCGUCGUCGAAUAUUUUAUUUUUAAUUUUCUUAUCUUAAAAGAGAUCACGUUCAAGUACCACUUACAAACAAAUUAAUCUCUAGUACGUACGUGACUUUUUAGACGAAAACACUUUACCGAGAAUAUUAUCUAAAGUGUAUAUGAAAUUUCAUCACGUACUCUAAAUAAUUAUUCCUAUAUAAUACGGAGUGCUCGCAAAUGUUUAUCAGUACACUAUUAGCCGUUUAAUAUAACGUUGCAAACAGUUUACAAUGUCUAUCAAUUUAUUAUGCGAAGAAUCUACAAUGGAAGAAACUCUGCUGAAUAUUCGCUCGGAGCAGACGAAAAGGAGCCCAUCGGGGAGCGACUUCGCCGACUCGAAAGUCAAAAAACCAAAAGUAGACAAGUCCAACGAAGAGGAACCAGCCCAAAUAACCGACAAGGUAAUGAAAACGAAUAUGGAAGAAUUAAUAUUGCAUUGCCGGGAAAAUUUGAGUUUAGAAAUAUCAGUGGACAAAGAAGACUGUAUUCAGAUAAUACAGGCUGUGAAUCCGAUUUCGGAUACGACGAAGACGUUUCCAUUAUGGACUAUGGUUCUGAUGAUGAGCGUAGUAAAUCACCGAUUUUUAACGACGGAAACCCCGAGUCCGUUGUUGACGAAGAGGACGAUGGAAUUGACGCAUGUAGAAAAGCAAUUGGAAGUAUUGGAUCUCGGUCAAUUGUAUCGACCUCUUACAGCGCUUAUGACUGCGCUGAAGAGGAAUUUGACGACAAGUUGGGCGAAUUGGCCGCUGUCUUUGCUUCUAAGCACGUAUCAGGAAAACAUCGAUACAUCCAUAGAAUUGCCGUGCUCAAUGGAUCUGAUGGAGUUCUGGGAUGUUUGCAAGAACUGCGAGAGAACCUUAGCAGAUUUCCCCCGAGACACUGGUUUGUCCUCACAAGUCAUGGAGAACACAUCCAUGUUAUCAACAUUUGUCAACGGAAGUUGUCGAUGCCGCUGGCUCGAUGAAAGUGGGAGGUACCAACGAAACCUUGUCAACGGAAACCGACGGCUCUUCGAGCUGCCGGGCUUGACACGGGGGACUGGAGAGCAAUCCUGUGUUACUUAUCUCACGACGAGAGGUUCAUCGAAGAAAUUGGCGGCUUCUCAGAAAAUGAACGACUAUAUUCUAGAUUUAAAUAUUUAUCGGUUAGUAUUGAUAAACAGAAUACUGUAUAUUUGCGAAAAAAACUUUACUAGACAUGGAUAGACAUUUAAAUUUCUUUAAACCUCUUACUUUUAAAUGUUCUCCGAUAAAAGAUAGAUAUUUUUUGGCCGGUACGCCUUUACACGAUUUUUUUUUAGAAGUAGGUCAAGGUAGUUGGUACGAACAAUUGCACCGAGCAGAACAAACUUUAAAAUUAUAUAAAAAAAGUAAAUAUAUUUGUAUGAAGGCGUUAGAUGAGAGUUUUUUCGAUUGGAAGUAUCACAGCGUAUUACAAAUACCAUGCGAAUUUUGUUCUUUUAUUCAUCCAUGGUUUAAAGGUGAUGAAGAUUUAUUUAAUUAUUUUUUAGAAAAUCACCCAUUUUUAAAUCAAAUAACUAUUGAUUAUGUUUAUAACAAUUUUAGUUCAAUAAACAGCGAUUCUGAAUAAUAAAUGUGUUUUUAUUUAUAAUGUAGAAAACAAGACCUGCGGAAUUUAGCCAAAUCGGAAUAUUGGACCGAAGCUUUGAGACGAAUCCGUGUAACGUGUGCCUCAACAAACCCGAUUUUAAAGACGGCGAAUCGUCUGUUGGAGGAGAUGUACUCGGUUCUAAAGACAGCGGGGCCGAAGUCGGAAGACAUAAGAGGUGGAAGCGGGGAAAACAAAUGGUAUCGGAAGAAUACGGACCGAUAUCAAUAGAACAAUUACUCUAUCAAUAUCCAACUUGUCCCCCUCAAGCUUAUAAAAAAAUUAAAGAAUUUGUAAACAAUCCUAACGUUAAUAAAACUUUAGAAAAUUGUAAAUACGCUCAAGUAGACGUACGAAACUGGUGUAGUAGGUUAAACAAGUGGACUUUAAAAGAGUUCGAGAGUUAUUACAACGAUAUUACAGUAAAACCAUAUUGGAACGGGUAUAAUAGGUUAAAAAGCGAAGUUUACUACGACAUUCUCGACAGUGUAGAAAUCGCAGAAAAACUAUUAAUUCAUCGAUUCGUGGACGAAGACAAAGUUGUAGACUUUUAAAACAUUUAUUAUGUAUAGUCGACAAAAGAAUUCCCAAAUUAAAUACUUUAGCUAUAUAAGCCCCGCCAAAUUCUGGAAAAAAUUUUUUUUUCGACGCAGUAGCCGCGUUUUUCAUAAAUUACGGUACAAUAGGGACGGCGAAUAAAACAAAUAAUACAAAUAUAUUUACUUUUUUUAUAUAAUUUUAAAGUUUGUUCUGCUCGGUGCAAUUGUUCGUACCAACUACCUUGACCUACUUCUAAAAAAAAAUCGUGUAAAGGCGUACCGGCCAAAAAAUAUCUAUCUUUUAUCGGAGAACAUUUAAAAGUAAGAGGUUUAAAGAAAUUUAAAUGUCUAUCCAUGUCUAGUAAAGUUUUUUUCGCAAAUAUACAGUAUUCUGUUUAUCAAUACUAACCGAUAAAUAUUUAAAUCUAGAAUAUAGUCGUUCAUUUUCUGAGAAGCCGCCAAUUUCUUCGACGAACCUCUCGUCGUGAGAUAAGUAACACAGGAUUGCUCUCCAGUCCCCCGUGUCAAGCCCGGCAGCUCGAAGAGCCGUCGGUUUCCGUUGACAAGGUUUCGUUGGUACCUCCCACUUUCAUCGAGCCAGCGGCAUCGACAACUUCCGUUGACAAAUGUUGAUAACAUGGAUGUGUUCUCCAUGACUUGUGAGGACAAACCAGUGUCUCGGGGGAAAUCUGCUAAGGUUCUCUCGCAGUUCUUGCAAACAUCCCAGAACUCCAUCAGAUCCAUUGAGCACGGCAAUUUUAUGGAUGUAUCGAUG